AUGAAUGGUGUAGAUUUAAGUCAUGUUUUGGGCAAACAAGUAACUACUCCAGCACUCUUCUGGAUGAUUUGGAUGCUUUACAGAGAUCUUCGAGAUGGCAAAAGGCAGACACAAGAGGCUCAAAGAAAAAUGACUGAGUCCUCUUCAAGGGAAGGAGAUGAAGAAAAAGAGGCAGCGGAUGAUAAUAUAGGCAUUUCCAAAUGGAAACCUCUGAGGAAAAUUAGAGAACAAGUGGUUCCUGUGGAGGAAGAAGAAAAAGAGAAGUACACACGAUGGGAUGAAACGGAACCAUACCCUUACAAACCAUUUAAACCGGGUGAACAUAGACUUACUAUGGGUGUUACCACUAUUCCUUUCAAUUAUUGGUUUGUUAUGGAUAAAACUUUCAAAAAACGAAUUGAUGCAAAAUGGGAAAUUCUACGGACUGAUUACGAAGAUUUAGUUUACCAUGUUGAUCCCGCUAUGAUUAACGAUGAUGGUGGGGAAAGUAACAAUGUACCAACUGAUGAUAUGUAUGCCAAAAUUGUUAUUUCUCCCAAGGAUGUAGAACAAGCAGAUCAAGGUCUUUGUGAAGUGUACAGUAAUGUAAUCAAUUAUUUGGCAUGCAAGUUCCCACAAUAUUUCCAUGUGGUAUUGAGUCCAGGUGAAACUCCAGGUGCCCUAUAUAACUCCGUUUUGAAUGAAUAUCACCCGGUUGAUCCCAAUCGUUAUUUGCAAUUGGCUAACGAUUCUCCUUUGUGUAUCAAUUAUCGUUGUUUCAACACUGAUAUUAUUCCUGAUAAGUUGACCAAAGAUUUACACAUAAAGGAAGAUGAAAUUGGUUACAGGGUUCUGAUAUCCUGUGACAGAACAAGACGUGCUCAUGAACUAAUUUUGGCAAUGGGCCGUUUGGUAGAAGACGAUUUACUACUGUUGUCGCGCAACGAACGUAAACAGUACAACGGUGAAUACAUUAUGCUGUCAGGUCUUUUUGGAUUUGCUGCUGGAUUUAACCCUCGUAAUAGAUUUUUAAAACCAUUGACACUGGUUCAUGGUCCAGUACCAGAAUAUAAGAGAGAUUUACAAUCACAAAUGAACAAAUUCCUUGCCCAUUUGAAACCUUAUGCCUUAGCCAAUAGGGUCAAUUAUACUUUCCAAAACCAUGACAUGCUCUACGCACAGAAAAAAUUCACAGAUUCGAGAGCACGUUCAUUAGAUGAAUUACAUGGUGGGAAAGAUGUUCACUACAGAUCUGAGAGACAGACUUUAACAAAAUUUUCUACUCCUAACGGCAGUGAUACAAUUGUAUUUGGUGUUAGAACUUAUUUAUGGAAUUUUAGAGAUCAAUGGCUAGCUAACAAUUUCUACAAUCAACCACAUAUCAUUGAUGAACUGGAAAGAGCCAUUAGCGAUAUGAAUCAUAUCCUGGGGACAUACAAGGGCAGAGAUGAGUGGGGGCCACCUUUAAUGAAUAUCAUAGAACAGCAUAAAAAACUACGUAUGGCAAAUUAA